AUGCAAGAAUUCAGAAUAAGUGGUGAAAUUGAAAAUGACGUUUGGAAAGUCAUUGAUGAACACCAUGGUUAUACACCAUUCAUUGAUCCACAAAUUAACGAACAAGGUAAAAUCCUCACUAAUGAUAAGCGUCUUUAUCGAUAUUUCUUUAAUGUUUCUAAAGUUGGUACAUUUUCUCGAUUCAAGAUCGAAAAUCUUGGCCCUGAUUCGUGCAAAGGAGAUUAUCAACCUCAUGCAAAUAUUCUUUCAAUUUCAAAGUUGUUAUUCUUUGGCACCAUCUCAAAUAAUCGAAUUUUCUUCUCACCAGCCAAAGUCAAGAAAUCAUCAUCCAAUCUUCUUAAGCUUGGAGCUCUUUCUAUGUUUAAUCAGAUAAUCUAA